GAAAUCUUGUCUUUUUAAAUACAUUGGAGAACCUUCCAAUGGGUCUGGAAAAAGGUCGGAUGAUAAUGGCUUAGGAGGACAGCAGCAGAGUUGUGACUAAGUCCGAAUCCUGAUUCCGGUCGCAAGGAAAAGCAAGAAGAGAAGUUGGUAGAGAACCGGCCGCCAGGGAAUCGGUUAUUCUGUUCCCUUUGAUCGCUCGGAAAAAUGAAUUGCUAUGCACCUCUUGUUGAGAAACGCAUUCGAAUCUCUCCUGCCCGUCUAACCGUGUUCUUGGAAAUUUGAACAGCUAUUUCUUUGGUGGAUUCACCGUAUUAUGAUUGCCGCUCAUAGAACUCAAAAUGCUAGAGUCAUUAAGGCUUCUAUCUCUCGUCAUUAUGAGCUUCAAAGACGGCAUUUUGAUUGUACCCAUCAAGUUUCGACCACCAAAUUUAGGACCCAACAAUUCGGCAACGAUGAAAUCAGCAGAUUGUGCAAGCAAGGCAAGUAUCACGAGGCAUUUGGAGCAUUUGAGUCCCUAACGAAGACUGAUUUCAAGGUUAACCCCGGAACGUAUGCCCGCUUAAUUCAAGCUAGCUCGAAUUUGAAGUCGUUGGAACAUGGCAAGCAAGUUCACGAUCACUUGGUAAAGUAUGGAGAUCCACCAGAUACAAUAUUGUGGAACCACAUUCUCAACAUGUAUGGGAAAUGUGGGAGUUUAGGAAAUGCUCGCCGAGUGGUCGAUGAAAUGCCGGUUAGAAACUUCGUUUCAUGGACUGCCAUCAUUGCUGGAUAUUCACAGCAUGGUGAUGAAAAGGAAGCUGUUCGACUUUAUCGGCGUAUGAGGCAGGGGGGUCUCGCCCCUGAUAAGUUUGUAUUGGCUAAUAUAGCGAGGGCAUGUUCGAUUCUGCAAGAUGUGGAAUUGGGCAGACAAAUGCAUGGUCAUGUGGUCAAAAGUGAAGAUGGAUUGGAGCCGCUUGUUCAGAACGCAUUGGUUUCAAUGUAUACUAAAUGCAACGUGGUUGAAGAUGCAGAGAUCGUGUUUGAUCAAAUUGGUGAUAAAAACAUGGUCUCCUGGACUUCCAUGAUAGCAGGGUUGUCGCAGAACAAUUUUGUGUUUGAGGCACUCUGGGUAUUCAAGGAAAUGUUGACAGCAGAUAAGAGUGUCAACGAGUUGACUUUUGGCAGCGUCUUGAAGGCCUGUAGCAGUUCCAUUCUUUUAGAGCAGGGGAAACAAAUACAUGGUUUAAGUAUGAAACAUGGAUUUUCUCGUGAUGUCUUUGUUGGUUGUUCCCUCAUUGACAUGUAUGCAAAAUGUGGAUAUCUGGCCUCAGCUCGGCAGUCGUUUUACAUGAUACAGGAUCGAGACAUAGCAUCAUGGAAUGCAAUCAUAGGUGGUCAUGCUUGCAGUCAGUAUGUUGAUGGGGCCUUACAUGUAUUUGCUCUAAUGCAAAAUUAUGGUUGCUUAAUGCAUGUAGAAGUUUUCCUUCUUUAAUUGUUGGCCAAUCAAUUCACUCGUA